UACAAAGAGUAGUCUAGAGAAGGCUAUAUAACCUUGGUUUUACACCCCGCUGUCGAGCAUUUCUUGUUUUCGUUCGGUUCACACACAGUUGAGAGUGAGAAACGCACACAGUUGGAGUGGAGAUUUGGAAUUGGGGUGAGGAACCCUAGGGAUUUUCGGAGUGUGGGAGUGAGGAUCAUGCUGGCUAAUAUUGUGCAGAGAAACUCUGUGAUGGGUAUAAUGAAACAAGAUUCUGAUACUGGAACCCCGCGCAUUGGUGAUUCCAGGAAGAGGAAGUCGCGAAGCACCAAAACCAAGAGUGUUGCUGAGACCCUAGCUAUGUGGAGGGAUCAUAAUAAGAAGCUUGAUGCAUUGAAUGCCAGUGCUAAACCAAUUCGCAAUUUUCAUGCUAAGGGAUCAAAGAAAGGAUGUAUGAAAGGGAAGGGGGGUCCUGACAAUACGCGCUCUAACUUCAGAGGUGUAAGGCAGAGAACUUGGGGCAAAUGGGUUGCUGAAAUCCGCGAGCCUAGUGGAGGGAGUAGAUUGUGGCUGGGGACUUUCCCAAAUGCUGUGGAAGCUGCUCUUGCCUAUGAUGAAGCUGCAAGAGCUAUGUAUGGAGCUGGAGCUCGACUUAAUUUACCAGAUUUUAGUUCCUACAAGGAGUCGUCCGGGGGAUCUGCUGCCCCUAGCAUGUCAUGUGCUGAUUCAGUGCUUACUCAUACUUCUUCCAACCACACGGGGGCUUGCGCUUAUACUGAUCCGAAGGUGGGGAUUGACGAUUUGGAAAUGAAGUGCAGUGAUGUGGAAGGUGAGUCGAAAGCUCCUGCUAUUGAAAUGAAGUGUAGUGAUGUGGAAGGUGAGUCGAAAGCCUCAGAAGCUCAAAAUUACCAAAGUCCUGCAGUAGUGGAAGCUAUGAAUGAAGUGAAGGAUGAACGAGUGGAGAUCAAGAAAGAGCAGGAGGAUAACAACGACGUAUUUAACAUGGACAAGGGUCUUCUGCUAGGUGAAAUGUUUGAUGUUGAUGAGCUCUUACAAAGCUUAAACACCUAUACUCUCCCUGAUCAGGCCAGCAACACUGAAUGGUUCUACAACAAUGAUCAAGACAUUGGUCACUUCUUGCAGGACGUCGAGCUUAUAUCGAACCCCUCUGAUUUAAGCAUCCAGCAGCAAUAUCCUGAUAUAAAGCCAGAUGAUAUGUUUAAUGAACAAACAGGGUAUAAUCAGGAUCUGGACUUCUUACUUCCUGGCAGGCCUGAAGAUUCCAAUUUCUUACCGGACGAGCUCAAGCUACUUAGCAUGGAUGCAAAUUCCGGGUUUUAAAGAGUAGAGCAUUAUCUGAUAUAGCAAGCAAAAACUUAGGUUUGUCUCACCGAGUUCACAUGGACCAUGAAAUGAGCCAAUUUCCCAUCUUUAUGGUGAUUUAGCACCAAAAACUAAUGUCUGUUUCUUUAAACGUUUCUUUCUUUAUUUUUCAUUUGCCUGGUCUGGUUGGUUAAACUAGUUUGUUAGACUAAUCUGGUGGUUAGGGCAGUAUGUUGGUGACAUUCUGCUGUGUUUGAAUGUUUUAAUGACUAUCCUUGGUGUACAUAAUCAGUGUUUCCCUAGUUUGUUAACUAGUUUAUUAGAGUAAGCUAGUUCUUAGGGCAUAUGUUGGUGACUAUCUGCUGUGUUUGAAAGUUUUAAUGUAUAUCCUUUGUACAUAA